ACAAAAUGAAUGAUAUUUACAAAGUCCAAAAAUGUUAUCACCGUCCAUGAAUUAUGGGGCCUCUUAAUUUCAUUCUUUGAUAAUGACAUUCAUUUGGAAAUUGGGAUUGAGCAACCAUAGGUUAAAUACUCCAUCAUCUCUAACCCCUCCUUCACAAAAUCUUUCUCUCUCUCUCACACAUUAUUCAAAUAUACAUCGAUUUAUAAACCUCUCCUCCAGUUUCAGGUUGUGUGCAAAUGGGAGCAGGUGGUAGAGCCUCUAAUCCUCCAUCACAAAGGAAAAUAGAGAAUGAUGAACAUUUGAAGAGGGUUCCAACUACAAAACCACCAUUCACUCUUGGUGAAGUCAAGAAAGCAAUUCCACCACAUUGUUUUCACCGUUCAUUGAUUAGAUCAUUUUCCUAUGUCAUUGUUGACCUUACCAUAGCAUCAAUCCUUGCCUAUAUAGCCACAAAUUACUUUCCUACCCUUCCACAUAACCUCUCAUUUUUGGCGUGGCCCGUUUAUUGGGCCAUCCAAGGAUGCAUUCUAACCGGAGUUUGGGUCAUUGCACAUGAAUGUGGCCAUCAUGCAUUUAGUAAUUAUCAAUGGGUCGACGAUUUAGUUGGCCUUGUCCUUCAUUCUUGCCUCUUGGUACCUUAUUUUUCGUGGAAAUAUAGUCAUCGCCGCCACCACUCUAACACAGGUUCUCUCGAACGCGAUGAGGUUUUUGUUCCUAAGAAAAAAUCUCAAAUUGGUUGGUAUUUUAAAUACCUUGACAACCCACUUGGAAGAUUUCUGACACUCACUAUAACACUCACUCUUGGUUGGCCCCUUUACUUAGCCUUCAAUGUUUCGGGUCGGCCCUACGAUAGGUUCGCCUCACAUUACGACCCAUAUGGGCCCAUUUAUUCCGAUCGUGAAAGACUUCAAAUUUAUGUUUCAGAUGUCGGGGUUCUCGCAGUUUCUUAUGGGCUUUACCGUCUUGUUUUGGCCCAAGGUUUGAAUUGGGUUAUUUGUGUUUAUGGAAUUCCACUUCUUAUUGUGAAUGGAUUUUUGGUUUUGAUUACUUACUUGCAACACACUCACCCUGCUUUGCCUCAUUAUGAUUCUACUGAAUGGGAUUGGAUGAGAGGUGCUUUGGCAACUGUGGAUAGAGAUUAUGGAAUUCUUAAUAAAGUUUUUCAUAACAUAACUGAUACUCAUGUGGUUCAUCAUAUGUUUUCAACUAUGCCUCAUUAUCAUGCAAUGGAAGCUACCAAAGGUGUGAAACCUAUUUUGGGUGAAUAUUAUCAUUUUGAUGGGACUCCUAUUUACAAAGCUAUGUGGAGAGAGGCUAAGGAGUGUCUUUAUGUUGAGGCUGAUGAAGGUAGUGAGGUUAAAGGUGUUUAUUGGUACAAAAAUAAAUUUUAAUUAAUUAUAAGGUUAAUGGUUUGUUAAAGCUACUAAGUGUAUUGGUGUGGAAUUGGGAAGUGUUAAGUUUGUUUUCAUGACCAUUUAGGAUAUGAUGUUUCCUUUUGUCACAUGUUGAAUCUAUGUUUGUGACUAUGUGUCUUUGGAAUAAUUGAUAUGGUUGGAUAUCAAUAGAAAAAAUGGUCAUAAUAAAAGGAUGGUGCAUAGUGUUUUUUCUUAGUUAAAAUAAAGUUAAAGUCUUGUUGUGGUAUUGGAGAAUUAAAAAUGUUGGUGAUUUGAAA